AUGGAGAGGAAGAGGAAGUUGCCCGCCAGGGCUGCGGCGCGUGUCGAACACGUCGCAAAGAAGCGCACCGUCACCCCUCCCGAGCCCCGAUCAGUUACGCCAGUCCCAGUACCAGUCGAGGAACCACCACCGCCGCCCCCUUCGCUUCCAAAGUCCAUUCAGGCCGGGAAGCCGCUUCCGACCGUCGAGGAUGCCCAACCCGAUGACCUCCCCGCGAAGGAGUAUCAGUCAUUUCAAGAGAGUGGUGUUCUUGCCGAAUCGCUGAGCCGGUCGCGACACAAAUGGCUGGCCGAGGGACUAUUCGAGAAGUACUGGACGAAACCUGGACGAAAGAAAAACGCAACCGAAGACCCCAAGAAUCCACCCAAAGAUACCAUGAGCAAGAUUGGGCCCUGCACAAUCACGAUCGAGCCACACGUUUUCGAUGUUACCCUUUGGGCGAUCAAAGACCCCAAACCUCCCGCACCCACCACGCAAGCUACCUUUCGGCCCAUUUUGCAAUAUGGUCCUCCCAAUGGAGCUAUGCCCCCUCCACCUACACCAGCAAAUCCGAACCCAAGUCCUGCACUCGGUCCCAACGAGUCGAAGCCGACGCCUUCCGCCCAGAGUCCGGCUCCUCCGUCACCUGCUCCUCAGCAGCCACCGUCCAGGCCGCCCUCGUCGGCUGCGAAUGAGCCACCCAAAGUGAUGCCCUCGCCGCGCACUUUGGAGCCUAUGCGGACCGCCAGUGCGACGCCACCUCCGCCACGGCCGGUAGCUCCAUUGGUCCCGGCGGUUGCGGCACCACUUCCAGCAGCAGCACCGGGGACGCCAUCACAUCCCGUUCCUCCUUUGGCUGCGGCACCUUCAGCACCAAACUCACGACCGUCGAGCUCAACGCCGACACCAGCUCCGGGGGCCGCAAAACCGCCGGCGGCAAAACCACAAGGGACCGAUCCCAUCAUUAUGACGCUGGCCGAGAAGGCAUCUGAGGACCCCCAUCUACGAGACUUGAUGAAACGGGUCGCCGCUGGUGAAGCAAAGCCGGAUGAACUAAGCAACUUUCAAAAGAUCAUUGAUCAAAUCACGGCGGAGUAUAAGAAGAAAGGGGGGCAACAGGGUCCUUCAGCGGACAGGCUAUUGGUUGACGGGAGGACAGUCAAGUAUUUUGCCGACGAGGUACGGACAAUUCUGGAUAUCGUACUCGCUACGAAUCCGAAGCAAAAGUCAUCAGAACUUCUGCCUCCGCGCGGAAGCGACCCUUUGGUUGUGGCCUUGGUGAGAGCGGCCCUGGACGCGAAACCGUUGCAGGAUAUGAUCCGACGGAUAGCCGACAACAAGCCUGGCUUCACCGACGCCACUGACCUCAAAGCAUCUCUCGACAAGUUGCACAAGGAACUCAAGAGUGCGCAAAACACCCCGACGCCUCAAACCCCGACGACACAGGCUGCCAUCAACGGCACCGCGAACGGCCAUCCCGUCAAACCAGCGGCAGCUGCGCCUGCUGCUUCACCGGCCCCGACUCCAGCAGCCCCACAAAUACAGCAUCCCCCUCAGCAAGCCCUUCGGUCAAAGGGCCCUCCGCCACCUGCGAGGCCUGAGAUCUCAGGCGUCUGCCUCGACUUUGCUGGUGGAAAUGGCGAUCGUUACCUGUUUCCAAAAUACAGCAUUCUCGAGUAUCUGCCCGGCGGACAGCAGGCUAUCGCAUCGUUCCUCAUUGUUCGCAAGGGCAGUCAGCUAGAGUAUGGAGGCGAUGCCAAGCUCGAUUACUACCAGCCUGUCACCGUUCGGAUGUGCGCUCAAUCAGCUCGUCACCUCGAGUACUUGCAGAGAGCAGUGGCACCCCAGGAAGAAGUCAUGAGGUACAUGGACGAUGUGAUGGACAAUAUGACGAGGGCGGAAUACGUCCUUCUCGCCAUGCGCUUGCCACGUGGAGAGCAAGAACCCAACAGCGAGCAAAAUGGCAAAGAUACCCCUGGCCUGAGCGGCCAAAUAGCGAGACCAGAGUCAACAGCACCAGAGCACCCGGCUCCCAAGCAGCAGUCAGUGCAAUGGGGACCUGUGACGUCCAAAUUCGUUCGGAGUUUCAACAAGAAAUGGUUUGAAGAGUGGAAGAGAACCGAAAAGACAGCGGGCAAGAAGCCCUCUUCGGCAGAUGAGGUGUUCCAAGAGUCCUGUGAGGCCGUUGGCCGCGAUCCUCUGGACAAGGACAUAGAAUACGAGAAGAUGAUUGAGCUCUUGGCGGCUAAGGACUCCGAGUCAUCAUCUUCUUGA